CAUCCCCAACUGCACCAUCUGCACAACCCAGCACUAUCUGCACACUAUACCCAGAUGCACCAUCUGCACAAUUGUAAACUGUCUGCACAUCAUCCCCAACUGCACCAUCUGCACAACCCAGGACUAUUUGUACUGUUCCCAAAUGCACCAUCUGCACAACCCAGCGCUAUUUGCACUGUUCUUAGCUGCACCAUCUGCACAACCCAGCAUUAUUUGCACACUAUUCCCAGCACAAUCCUAUACUUUUUGCACAUCAUUCCCAACUGCACCAUUUGUACGCCACUCCCAACCACACCACCUGCACAGCCUUCCCAUUCUACCAUCUGCACACCCCUGCUGAUUGCACAACCUGCUACUAGUCCCACCUGCACUGCACCAUCUGCAUCGCGUACCUUCUACAACACAUGCACUAGUUGAUAAUCGUACCACCUGCACUGCAAUUCCCUCUGCACCAUACGCACAUCUGCACCCCUGUUAGCACUCACCAUUAUUAUUCUCUAUCCCUGUUUUUCCAGCACCUAAUUGCACCUGCACUUGCACCAUCUGACAUUCAGUACUGUAACUAAGUUACUAAAUUUUACACCUUACUUUUAUAUCAAAAUGUUAAAAAAACGCUCUGAAAUUCACACGGUGUUUUCAGGCCAGUGGAAUGGCCAGACUUGGGAUAUCUUUUCACAAUGGUAAG